AUGUAUAUCACGAGGCUCUCACUUCGUGCUCUUCUUCUUCACCUUUCUUCACCAUCGUUUCAGUUCUCCCGAUCCAGAACCCCCACAAUCAAUACUCCACUACAUCUCGAUUCAAUUGAGUUACCUCCGACGCUAAGUGACCUGGAUCUCACGGUGAACCGUUUAUCGGAAUUGGACUCGAGGAUCGCUCACCUCUCUAUGCUCAAGAAGCUUUCUCUUCGCCAAAACCUAAUCGAAGACUCCGCCGUCGAGCCUCUCUCUCGCUGGGACGCGUUGUCCGAUCUCGAGGAGCUGAUUCUCAGAGAUAACAAGCUAGCAGAAGUACCAGAUAUAAGCAUAUUCUCAAGGCUUUUGGUCUUUGACGUAUCUUUCAAUGAAAUCACUUCGUUGGAAGGAUUAUCAAAGGCCUCUAGCACGUUGAAGGAGCUCUAUGUGUCUAAGAAUGAAGUUUACAAGAUUAUGGAAAUUGAACACUUGCACGACUUGCAGAUUCUUGAGCUAGGGUCCAAUAGAUUGCGGGUGAUGGUGAAUAUGGAGAGCUUGACAAAGUUAGAAGAGCUGUGGCUGGGAAGAAACCGUAUCAAAGUUGACUGUGUUGCUCUUGCAGAGUUGUAUCUGAGCCAUAAUGGUAUCUCAAAAAUGGAAGGCUUGAGUGCGUUGGUUAACCCACGGGUAUUAGACGUGUCGAACAACAAGCUCACAUCAGUUGAUGAUAUUCAGAGCCUCACAAAGUAUUUCACUUUUCCUUUUCUUCAGGACUGA